AUUGCCCAGGUGAGAAAAAAAAAAGUGUUUUUAACAAAACAAAUAUAUUUCAUAAAUAACAUAGGUCUUAAAAUCCCCCCCAAAAAUGUUUCAGAAAAACUCCCUCCUAAAGAAUUAUAGUUAAGAUAGCCCAACAACCAGAGUUAGCAGGGCAUUAGGAUUGAAUCUUGGCAUCUUAUUAGUUUUUUUAAACAGAUGUUGUAUGGUUAUUCAAAAGAACAUACAGUAUUGUAAAAGCUCUGAAAACCAAAAAGGUCUGUUGUUCUUUAAAAUCCAGGGACCAAUGAUUUAUAUUAUUUCAUGAGAGCAUACCUCUUAUUAUUCAAAGAAAAUCUUAUAAUGGUUUGUUUAAAAAAAAAAAUCCUAAAAACCAUCACAUGACCUAAGGUAAGGUCAUGAGACUGAGUCACAAAGCUUUUGAAAAUUCUUCUCCAGCAUUCUGACCUCCAUCUGGCAGUGACAUCAUAAUGUCCUCGCUAGUUAUAGGACCUGCUGGGCAACAGAAGGGAAACUCUGAGACAGAGUAGAUCACUGGAUAAAUCACGUUGUUUUCACAAUGAAUUUAAUAUUGUUUAUUUUUUUAUCUGGGGUUUUCACCCCAGAGAUUAGUGGUAUAGAUCCCCCUUAUGAAGAGCAUGAGAUGACGCCCAUACCUGAGCAGCCUGUGCCUGAGCAGCCUGUGCCUGAACAUCCUGUGGCUGAACAUCCUGUGGCUGAAGAGCCCGUGCCUGAACAGCCCCUGCCUGAACAGCCCCAUACAAUGGAAGAAGAAAACAAGGAGCAUACUCCUGAGAAAACUGGCGAUCAUUAUAAAGAUGUAAAACAGUAUGUCUUCACAACACAAAAUCCAAAUGGCACACAGUCUGAAAUAUCCGUGAGAGCAACAACUGAUCUGAAUUUUUCUCUGAGAAACUAUAAACUCUUCAAUGAAACAACUACAACGGCACCUCCUGAAGUAGUCAGCCAUGAAGAAAAAGGAACCCAGAGUCCAAAUGAGCCUGCAUUUUGGACAAUGUUAGCUAAAGCUAUAAAUGCAACCACCAGUGAGGACAACCAACGAGAUCAAUUUUUUCACCCAAUUCCAAACUCUGAUGUGAAUACUACAUGGGAAGACAACACGGCAAGAAUACAGGAAGCCAAGUUAAAAUUAAUGCUGGGCAUCUCACUGAUGACCCUCUUCCUUUUUGUUGUCCUGUUGGCAAUCUGUAGUGCCAUGCUGUACAAAAUGAAGAUGAUGAAAUAUAAACAAGCAUGUCAGACUGGUGAAUACUCCGUCAACCCAGAGCUGGCUACCCUAUCUUACUUUCAUCCAUCAGAAGGCAUAUCAGACACAUCAUUUUCUAAGAGUGCUGAGAGCAGCACAUUUUGGGGCACCACUUCUUCAGAAUUAAAGAAGUCAGACACAAGAUCAAAAUCUAGGAUGACAGACAUGACUUCCACAGCCUCAGAGGAAAAUGAGGAGUCAGACAUGAUUCAGAGUGAGGAGCCCAGCGAGGAACCCACAGAUGAUUAGACAACUAUAAUAUUUUUGUCAUAAAAAAUACCUUUGUGAUGUUCAUUUAUAAUUUGGAAACUCUGCUGAGACCAAAUUUUCCAGUGUCUUCAAAGGAGGGCAUAUUCAAUAAAAUUCUCUCAGCUAUAAAAACUAUUUU